UUGCCUAUAAGUUGUAUAUAGCACAUCAUUUGGAGAAUUAUAUCUGUAUUCAGCUAAGGUAGAGCACCAACCAUGACUGCUGUAUGGAUAUACUGAUAUUGGUUAUGUCAACAAAUAUUAUCUCUCCACAGCUGUAGAUAGAUAUAUCAGUAUAAGAGAGAGAGCUGAUUGUACUCUAUCUCACUAAUACACAGAUAAGUUACCCAGGAAACAUGGUGAGUUUCACGCACAAUUGAUUUAUGCCAGGGUAAAGUUAUAAAGUUAAUAGCUCAUGGCCGUAAUGCCUUCAUAAUUUGCCAAAAAAUGAUUAUUCAUACAUUUAUGGAGUUAAUUUUGAUCAGCAUGGUUAGUAGUAAACAUAAUUUGCUGAAGGGACAUACUGGGGUGAUUAUUCAUCUAUUUAUAGAAUUUGAUGGAGGUGGUGAAAAGAUUGCAUAGAGGAGAGAGAUUUUAUGGAGGGGAAAAUUAGUGGAAUUUAACCAGACCGUGACAAAGAGAUAAUUAUGAAAUAAACUGGCAGGGAGAGUGCUUUAAGUACCACUGAAGGAAAGUUGGGAUUUCCUGGAUGUUUACAGUUAGUGCGUACCUGGAGGAACUAUUCACCUGGCGUCAACACCUGAUAGCCUCGGCAAUUUCAAAGGUAUUUAUGACCGCUGAUGUUGAUACCAGUCUCCUACUGACCACUGGUCAGUUAAUCCCCCCUCUUGACCUGGUGUCAUUAAGUCAAUACACCCUAUUGGUGCUGCACCUUGGUACCAGGUGAUCUCCUUAUGAAUUUUUCCACAGAGAAGUGGAGUGAAGACAUUUAUACAGGAACUAGUAUUAUGCAUACAGUGAAGAAGAUGACUGGAUUUUACUGAAGAAGAUUCUGGUUUGUGUUCACAAAUUAUUAGUUUAUUAUCUCAAGCAACGGAUGUGUCAUCUUCCUAGAAAGGACAUGAGUAACGAGUCCAGUGUACUUACGCUAAUAGCAGAGGAGGUAAAUGUCCGUUGAAAGUGAGAAGAUUCAUAACAGGAUAUUCCCCCAGAUUUGUGGACUUUGAGGAUAUUUGUAAGCGAAACAGCAAUUUAGGAGUUUUUUCCCCCAAGGAAUAGAGAGGGCUGAACACCUGAGCCUGUCUAGAAAUACACAGUUUCAGGAAAUACACAGUUUUAUAUAUACCCUAGUCAACAAAGGAGAUUACGUUUUUAUCAGCCUUGGUUUGUUAGUAGAUAAUAUUUCCCAUAAAGUUCUUCACAAAUUUUGACGAAAUCUUCAGGGUAGGAAAUUACUAGUUUUCAGGUAAGGAAAAAUUACUGCAACUUAUCUAUUAUUGAAUCAGUGUCUCCUAAGAUUUAAAAAAAUAUUUUUGUUUUCCUUGGUGAAAUUCUGCUUUCUUGUUGCGGAUUCCCCAAACCUUGGAUUAUUGAGGAGGAGCACGGCCAUAUGGUUUGAAAAAUAUAUACUCCCCCAAGGAGAAUUCGGAGGCAGUGGACCAUGGUAAAUUAACUGGGUAGACCUGAUAACAACUAUUUGCCUAGCUGUAAAUGUGGAACUUGGAAGAUCUAUAACAAAGGCAGUUAUCCCCUUCAAAGCCAGCCAUACUUACUGUCUAUGGUGGAGAGAGAAUUCGAUGCAAGAGUCUAUGGAGAAAGUUGUUGAAGAGCAAGUAGCCAAGGCUGUGAUAACAGUGGUCUGCAAAGCAGCUAAUGUUACCCGAGAUUUGAGUUCAUUAUUUCUGUAUUUUUCAUGACAGAUUUUUAUUUUUUUUAUGACAGAUUUUAUCUGGUACAGAAAUAGCAUUUCUGACCAGCAGAGGGUAUAGUUUAUUAGAAUAGAAACAAAAAUGUUUAAUCUGGCUCAGCGAAGUCAGUAGUCUUUGUCAUUUUCAGCGUGUUUUAUAUUUUAUGAGCAAAUGUGGGUUAGGCAGUAUUCUUAUAAUUAUUUUCAGCUGAAUCCUAAUUAAAAAUCUGAUCUGUAAAAUUUGUUCGGGAUAUUUGUAAAUGAUGAUUUGAGUUAAAAGGUGACAAUUUAUUCGAGGUCCACUCUACAUCUGAAAAAAAUACAGUAAACAUAAACAUGACAUUCUGUAGUGUGUUAAACAGCAGAGCAUUAAUAAAUUUUAAAUGAGAAAUACCAUACCAUAGUAUAAAAUGAUGAUUCAUUUACCUGAGAGCACAUUAAAGGUAGCAGUUUCCAUACAGGUGUAUGUGGAUAUAUAAUUAUAAGCCAUUGUGUCUGAUAUUAAAUACCAGCAGAUAUAUUCUAGUAUAGAGGUUAUGUAAACCUUGGCUGAUGUAUUUAUUAUAUAUGUUUGUUUAUUUCACCUGUAAAGUCAGGACACAUAUUUCAGAGUUGUUUGUGAUUUUCUGAAAGGAAGAGUUUGAAAUUUGGUAUCAAAAACAAUUGGUUUGUUGGUUUCAGAGAAGGGCAAGAGAGACUGUGUUGGUGUUCCGUGAAGAAUAGAGUGAGCUUUUUGUUGAGGAGGACUGUUAAAUGUCAUAGUACUGACAGAGGAGAAUCCGGUAUUGUUUUCAGAAGAGAAGGUUUCAGUUUACUUAAGACAGACACUGGAAUUUCAUAACAUUUCUUCUCUAGAGUCAUAUGUCGCACUGCAAUGCAUACUUCACUUAUUUGAAAAAAAUAUAUAUUGGGAGCAGUUGUACAAGUCUUGCUGCAUGCUGAAUUACUACUAUCAGACAGUUAAAUCCACUUGCAGUGACUGUGCUCUGAAAAACCUGCAUUUGAUUAAGUUUAAUUUUCAAGCCCAGCCGGAAUCAAUUUAAAGAACUAGUAGCUUUCUAGACUUAGCAAUCACUCAACAGGGAAAGGAAGGAUUGUGGUCUUGCCAUAACACUGAAGAGAAAUAUUUCACCACUCAGGGGUUUGAUCUAGCAGUACUUUGAACACUGAGGAUUGAACAGUUUAAAAUCAUUGUUUGAACAAACAAAAAACCAUGGCAGCUUUAGCAGCAGGGUUCCAGCUUCAGGCGUUAAACCCUCGCGAGAACCCGAGCCCGUUAUUGCGACGGCGCAUGCAGCCUAGGGAUCCUGGUGUCCCGAUCGAUCAUGUCCCUGACCCCACGUACGACGAGAUACCAGAAUUCAGUAAUAUGUCCAUGGAUGGGGCUGUGUGUAAGAGGUGUGCAGAAGGUUUUGGCCCAGAAGAGAAGAUUGUCAACUCCAAUGGAGAGAUUUGGCACACACAGUGCUUUGUUCUAGCUGGCAAUAUGCCAAUACAAAACACUGCAGUUUGCCAGAAAUGUAGAGAAGGCAUAGAUACAAGUGAGUCCAUGGUCAACUACAAUGGCCAAGUGUGGCACCCUCACUGUUUCUCGUGUGCCCAGUGCUUCCAGCCUUUUCCAGACGGGAUAUUUUAUGAGUUUGAGGGACGCAAAUACUGCGAGCAUGACUUCCAUGUGCUGUUUGCCCCUUGCUGUGGAAAGUGUGGGGAGUUUAUCAUAGGGCGCGUCAUAAAGGCCAUGAACAACAGUUGGCAUCCAGAUUGUUUCCGCUGUCACACCUGUCGCAAUGCACUUGCAGAUGCUGGCUUUGUCAAAAAUGCAGGAAGGGCACUGUGUAGAGAGUGUAAUGCCAGAGAGAAAGCUUCAGGAAUGGGAAAAUAUGUCUGCCAUAAGUGCCAUGCCAUAAUAGAAGAGGGAUUUAUCAGGCAUAAGGGGGAGGUCUUCCACCCAUAUCACUUUAAUUGUACCUCUUGCGGUAUUGAGCUGAACGCCGAUGCCCGUGAAAAAUCUGGGGACCUCUUCUGCCUACGUUGCCAUGACAAAAUGGGAAUUCCAAUCUGUGGUGCAUGCAGACGACCAAUUGAAGAGCGCGUGGUGUACGCACUGGGCAAGGCCUGGCACGUCGAGCAUUUUGUCUGUGCCAAGUGUGAGAAACCUUUCCUUGGACAUCGUCACUACGAGAAGAAAGGGUUGGCUUACUGUGAAGUCCACUACCAUCAACUAUUUGGCAACAUUUGCUUCACAUGUAACAAUGUCAUAGCUGGAGAUGUCUUCAGUGCCUUGAACAAGUCCUGGUGUGCCCACCACUUCGCCUGCUCAGUCUGCGACAAGAAAAUGAGUCAGAAGACCAAGUUUUUUGAGUUUGAUCUGAAGCCUGUGUGCACCAAGUGCUACGAGAGAUUCCCCACUGAAUUGAAAAAGAGGCUGAAGAAAUUGUACGAUGCUCAGAACAAGAAAUAAACAGACAUUUUAUUUCCGAAUGACAUAAUCCAUGGAGGAAAUGAAUGAAUGGUGUAUGCAAAAAAAGAUGCAAUACCAUAAAAAAUUUUAAAAGAUUAGCAGCCAACUUUGCAUCUGCUUACAACUUAAAGAUGUAAAGAAAAUAGUAGAUGCCAAAUGCCAAGAAAACGCCCUUUUUAAAAAAGGGUUUGAAGUAUAUAUGGCUUAAUAUCAGAGCAUAAAGUAUAUGCUUAGCGGCCUUAAGUGUAAAGAGAUGGUAGAAAGAUGACUUUAGCUCUUGAAGCACAGAAGAAGAGGAUUGAAGAACUGACCAGUUGCAGGUUAAACAAGUUUUGACCAAAUACAUAAAAGACUGUAAGCCUGAAAAUUUGUCUAAACUUUUAGACCAAAAAUUUAGUCUUCUUUAGGGCAGGAAAAAUUCACAGUAAUCGAAUUAGAUGAAGUGAGUUUCAGUCUAAAACAUUAGUCAUAUCUAAUAAAAGAGGGAAGGUCAAGGAGAAUGACCACUGUGUGACCACUGCAAGGUGACAGAAAUCGCAGAUUGUUUAAAUAUUAACACAUUUGUGGCCUGUGUCACAAAUUGUCUGUCAAUUUUGGGGCUGAACUUGGGCUGCUAAAUUUGCAUACUGUAGCUGUGUAGCUCAGUCAGCCAAUCAGCAAUAUUGGUCUAGGAGCUUAUUUUGAACAGUUGCCUUACAAUAGAUGUGGUUAAUGUAGCUUAAUGGCCUGUGUCACUGCUGUGCGUAAAAAAAA